GGUAGGGCUCUGCCAGACGAAUCCGCGGACGUCGGCGGCAGGAGUUGUGGAUCCAUUGGGGCCUGUAGUUGGGCUCCGCCAGACAAUGAUCACGGACAACGCUAUUGUCAUAACGGCACACAAGCAAACGCAGCGCACGAUAGACGACUGGAUGGCGGCUGAAUGAAUCCCGUUCAACAUGAUGAAGAGCGAGUACUGGGACAAAAUGGUGCACGCGCUCAUGAAUGCGCCAAAAGGCUUCAGGUACGCGAAGUUCGAAAACGCAAGGACGAAGAGGGUCGAAGUGACAAGGGGCAGGGUUAGGAAGAGGGUGGAGGAGUUGCGACAGGAGUGGCCAACCACUGGCUGCAUGUUGCAGCUUGAUGGUUGGACAGAUCGCCGACAGAGACCACACAUCAACGUGAUGGUCUCCUUCCCUAAAGGCUCCAUCUUUUGGAGAAGUGUGUGUAUGUCACGACGCAACAAGGGCGCCUCAGCAUGCUACGACAUUCUGAAGAGGGCAAUAGAGGAGAUAGGUGCGGAGGCAAUGGUGGGGGUCAUUAUGGACAAUGCUGCUGUUUAUGCAGCCGCGGGGCGAAUGAUUGAAGCAAAUUACCCUCACAUCUUCUUUGUCCCGUGCACAACACACUCCCUCGACUUGAUGUUCAAGUCUUUCGCGAAGAUCGGGUGGGUCGGUGCGAUUAUGAAAAGGGCAUCGGAGCUUGCAAAGUUCUUCACGAACCAUUUGCGGGUGCGGGACCUCCUGAUCCACUACUCCAAUGGCGGUGUAGUGUCAAAACCGGGCGCGACCCGGUUUGCCAUGAACUUCAUCAUGUUGUCAAGCCUGCAAGGGUUGUAUUUGCCGCUGCAUGCGUGUGUGACAGAUGAGGACUGGAAGCUAGCGAUCGUGCACACUUCAGUGCGCGAUCUGUUUGUGAAGGCGACGCAUUCCGUCUUGGAUGACACCUUCUGGGCAGAUGUCGAGAAGGUGAUGCAAACGUCCAAGAAUCUGCUCAAACUUUUGAAGAAGGUCGAUGGCACGGGCCCCACCAUUAGCAAGGUGUAUGCCCGUAUGGACAGCGCAGUGGAGAAACUAAGGGAGAGCAAGCACUUUGCCGAAGCGGAGAAGGACGAACUCGAGGAGAUCAUCAUGCGGAGCUGGAAUGCAAUGACAUCACCGCUACAUUGUGCUGCUCUAUUCUUGGAUCCGGAGUACAGAGCGUCGCGGCCAGAAAUGUAUGCAGAGGUUGCAGAUGAGUUUUGGACGUGGCUUUACUCGUGGUGCAAAGAGUCGUCGUUUGUUGAGGUCGACGCAGAGGUUUGUUGUUGGAUUGAGGGCAAUGGGGGACACAAUUGCGAAAAUGCAAGGACACAGGCCCGUUUGAUGCAGCCGGUGAGGUGGUGGAGGAAGUGGUGCAAUGACAUGCCCAUCCUCCAGAAGCAAGCCGUUCGUCUACUUGGACAAGCGUCCUCCUCCUCUUGUUGCGAAUGGAACCAGUGUUUGUUGGAUGCAUUGAUCAAGAAGCCGAAGGCUGAUAAGGAUUCACCGCAAUGGGAAGAGGAUGAACCGGUGGAAGAUCUCACAUGGGAUGAGAUGGCCAAGGAUGCACGAAUGCGGUUGGCGGAGUGGCGUGCCCGGCUGCACAAAACAGAGCCGGUUAGUGAUGCAGGUGAGAGCGAUGACUCAGGCUUCAACGAGGACGACAAUCCCGUUGAAGCACCACAAAUGCCUAUUCCAGAGGAGGUCACAAUCCAACGUCAUCAGCUGCGCAGCAAUCUGCUUGAACUCGAGAGACAACUCAACGAGUCAUGGAGGAAGGCCACAAAGGCUUCCAAGUUUUUGGCCCGGCAACAUUUGCAUGAGUUGGAUCACACCACGAGGACCAUGGCCAUUGAGCACGCCAACAAAUACAAAGCUGCCGGGGCAAUUGCAUGUGCACCGCCCUCGAUCCCGGCCAAACGAGGGAGAGGGAGACCUCGGAAGGAGGUUGGAACUCGAGGCGGGACAGGUGAUGAGGAGGCUCAGGACGUGGAAGGUGGCAAUUUGGCAGAAGGUCCUGCACCCGCACGUGUCACAAGAAAGUGGGGACGACCACAGAAGCAGCCCGUGCAAGAGGAGGAGGAAGCAGCGAUGAAAGUGGUGGCAGCGCUGAUGAAAGUGAUGGCGGCAGCGAUGGUGACGACGGGAGUGGUGGCUGGGAUGGGACUGAUGGCAGUGGCAAGGAGGACGAAGGCGAAGGCGACGAGAAAGAUGGUUUAUGCAGUGGACCUGAGAGGAAAGGUGGACGCAAGGCAAGCUGACAGUCAAUCCUCCACGAUGCUGGAGUAAUCAAUGCUGGUCAGGGCUCCUUCGCCCAGACGGAAGGACGCACAAGUGUGUUUCAUGAUGUAAUAUUUUAUU